AUGUACGGCCCGGACGUCCCCGGCUCAGCGGCAGCCGCGAGCGCGGACGCGCCCAGCUUCGGCCACGGCGACGCUGCGGAUACGCUGCCUUGCGCGUCGGUCGCCUCUGCGGACGUCAAGGAGAACAGCGCCGGCGUCCCAACCUUCGGGGAGAUCGUGGGUGAGGGCGUCGUCAGGGACAGCAGCGCCGCGGCUCCGGCCGUGGAGGACGAAUUGAACUUGGCAGCUUCAGUCGACAAGGUCCAGGAGGUCAUGGAGCAGAUCGCCGAGUUCCUCGUCAAGUUCAAGCGCGCCCGCGCCAGAGCGGCCAGGCAGCCGGCGGCGCAGCGGCAGGCGCCGACGAAGGAGCUGGAGGAGAUGAGGGAGAUGGAGGCGAAGAGGCGCAGGAAGCACUGGGGGCUCAGCACUUCCCCCUGGCGGACCACCCAAGACCGCGCCGAGGCACCCCUCGGCUGGGCCGCCGAGCGGCUUUGGCGGGAGGGCUUGCUCAAGUCUCUCGGGAUUGCCACCGCCUGGAGCUCGGCGGGCACGCUGCCGGGCUGGGGCUCCGGGCUCCCGAGCCUGAGCGAGGGGGCCGCUCCCCCGGCGGAGGCCGCCGGAGGGCAGGCGGAGGCGGGCAGGAGCAAGACCCUGACCUUCCAGGCUCCUCCAGGGUGCGACUCGGGCUACUCCGACACGGCCUUCACCUCUGUCACGGACGUCACUCACGUUGCGGACGCCGUCAUAGAUCCUAUUGACAUAGUCACGGAAGACGCGGAUCUUUCCUCAGGCGCCAGGGCGGCGGGGCUGCCGAGCGGUGCCCUGGGCGUGGCGGCGGCGGCGGCGCUCGGCGCGGCGCUGCUGGGCGCGGCCCCGCCGGGGGCGGCGCUCGGCCCCUCGGCGGCGGGGGCCAGCCUCGCGUCGGCCGGGCGGUGGCCGCGGUGGGCGCGGCGGGCGGCGGGCUCGGGCGUCCUGGCGGAGCAGGCGCGGGCGGAGCAGUCCACGGCGGAGGGGCGCCUCGCCCGGGCCAGAGCGGCGGCCAGGGGCAGGGAGGCGCCGUCACCGACUCCCGCCGCGGCCCUGCCCAGGGUGCGGGUGGAGGACGACGCAGAGUACGGCCGCAGGCUGGUGGUGGACGAGACCUUCGCGUCGGCGUGGCACCCCGACCGGGUGAUCACGCUCUGCGUCUGGGACGCGCUGGCCGCGCCCACCCCGGGGCUCGAGCGGAGCGACGCCCUCAUCGUCGGGGUGGAGCUGGACACGCAGGUCGUCGAGGUGGCCAGCGCAGGGUUCGGGCUGGACAGCCUGGGGCUGGAGGUGGUGGUCGCCGACGCCCUGGAGGUGCUCCACGCGGAGCGGAGGAGCUUUGACCUGAUCAUUGAGGACGUGUUCAUGAGCGUCGGCGUUGACAUCGAGAAACCUGGGUGGCUGCCGAUGCCGGGCCACGAGCUCGCACAGACCAGGCCGGUGCCAGGGGGCCUGCUCGUGAGCAACACGAUCAACGAGGGGGAGCAAGUCCGCAGGUCCCUGCGCAAGCAGUUCUCGGGCCUCGUGCAGAUCUCUGUCCAGGACUACGAGAACAGGAUCUUCGUUGCUGGGCCGGGCACCCUCAGUGGGAAGCGCCUGCGGCGCGAGGUCGCUCGCUGCCCUACGCUUGCCCCGAGCUUGAAGGUGCUGAAGUUCCGCAGCUUGGGCCGUGGACGCGACUGA